ACGAAGAACGAAGAGUAGUAGGGGAUAUAUCGUAUCCCUCGUGUGGCCUCGUCGAAAAUCGAAGAACGACGACGGUGUGGAAUCGAUGUGGAUAGUCUCGAUUAUCGGCGAACGUUUUAACGAAGAAAAUUAAUAGAAGAGAGUGAGAAAAAAGACGACGUACGAAAAGAAGAGCACGGAGGAGAAAAGUGAAAGAGGGAGAUAUAAAAUCGUCCGACGUUGUGAGUUCUACAUUAUCGACGAGGUAGUGGAGGGAGAAGAAGGAAACGGAUUCGUCGGUAAAACAGUGUCACGCGCGCUGCCACGGAGGAAGGACGGAAGACGAACGGAGGCUUUUGUGGGAGCCGGUCGUAACCGAGACCAGUCGCGAAUACGCGCUUAACGUGAUAACGACUAGACUCGUCUUUGCUGCGCGUGACUUUACUUUUUUUUCUUCUUUUUUGAAAUCUCAGUCCGAUCGAAUACGAAUACUAAUAAUAAUAAUAAUAAUAAUAAUAAUAAGAAAAAGAAGAUCGUUGAUCGUUCCUUCAUUUUUUUUUAUCACGCGAAGAAAAAAAGUGAAAAGAAAAAAAAAGGAAAAAGAAAAAAAAAGAAAGAAGAAGAAGAAGAAGAAGAAGAAGAAGAAGAAGAUAAUAAGAGAAAAGAAGUGGCUAAAAGAAGAUUGGAUCGAAGGUCUUGCUUCGGGCACUUGAGUCGACGGAAACGAUAUAUUCUCUCGCCGGCUACACGGAAGCACGUUUCGUUUGAGGAAUUCGUCCGCUAGGCCAACGUGACCAAGGGAAUUUUAUAAACGCCGUUCGUAGUACAAGAAUACACGAGUGCAUAGAUAAAGAAAGAAAGAAAAGAAGGAAGGAAGGAAGGAAGGAAGGAAGUAAGGAAGUAAGGAAGGAAGAAAAGAAAAGGAAGGGAAGAAAGAAAAGGAAUAAAGAAAGAAAUCAGAGAAGAGAAAUAAAAAACGGAAUCGUCCAAACUCGUCCGCGCUUUAUUUAAGGAGAGAAGAUUACUGGCGAUAGAUCGGUCUCUUCUCUAGUGGCAGAGCGAUCGCGUUCGCGUGGAGCAGCGUAUGAGAUCGAGAGGAACACGAGAAGAAGCGCCCUCGUCUCGUGGUGAUUCGUGCCGAUCGAAGAAGAAGAGAGAGCGAGUACAGAGAGAGAGAGAGAGAGGUAGAGAGAGAAAGAGAAAGAGAAAAGACGAUAAGAGAAGGAGAGGAUCCUUCGACGAUUUUGAAUCGCGUUCGAUAAGCCACGAGGAUCACUCUUUCUCUCUCUCUCUCUGUCUCUCUCUCUCUCUCUUUCUCUCUCUCUCUCUCUCUCUCUCCCCCUUGGUUUCUUGGCGCUACGUGUGUGCUCGUGGGACUACGUUGAAAAUCGCUCGGUGUCGUUGCUUGACGGAACCGGUUUCGUUCGGCUCGGCGAAUCUCGGCGUUUAUACAAAGGUCGUGUGUGCUCGCUCGUGAGAGAGCGGUAGGAGUGAGAUUUAUGGAAAACGAAUUUACACGAGGUCACACCCACGGGAGCGGCUCUCUUUCGUUCUCUCUCUCUCUCUCUCUCUCUCUCUCUCGUUCACUCUUUUUCUCUCUCUUCUCUUCUGUUCUCUUCUCUCUCUCUCGGUCUCUUUCUUUCCUCUUUCUACGUUGGUACGUCUAUUUCCACUUCUCUUUAUUAAUAAUAACGACGGCGCUAACGCAACGCCGACGGUAAAACGGCGGCGCCGUGCGACCGUGUGGGUGCCUUGAGAGGUAGAAUUGGCUGAGGUUGAAGGAACCGAAGGAAAAAAAGACGGAAGGAUAACGAGGACGGAGGUGUCCUUCGGAGCACGGAAAAGAACAAAAGAGAAUAGAGAGAGGGAGAGAGAAAAAGAGAGAGAGAGAGAGAGAGAGGAAAAGAGAAAGAGAGAGAGAGAGAGAGAGAGAGAGAGAGAAAGAGAGAGAAAUAUUAAACUUUGAGAAAGAAUCGACGUACUCUCUUGGUACAGCAGUGAUAUACCCGUCGGGAAGAAUCCAAAGAAGAUUUGUCUUGAAUCGUUAUGAGGCUGAUGUGUCCCUCGCUAGAAUCGAAAAAGAUACGAUCUCGUAAAGCAAGAAUGUUCGAAAGGAGAUGGACGUAGCACCGAUGGAUUACGUCGUAGUCUCUCGAACGGACUUACCACUUGCACUAUUUUUCAAGGAGAAAAGAAAACGAUAGGAGUGAGAGCGAGAUGGCCGAAUUCGAAGAAAGCAAAACUUUCCUGUUCGAGUGGAAAGAACGGAGAGAUUGCUUGCUUACGAUAGAGCUUUACGAGACCUAGUCCCUGCUGGUAUACUCUUCUGAUAGUUGCGAGGUGUUAAAGAAGAGGUUUGAAGAAAAAGAAGUGGAAGAGGAAAAAGAUAGGGGAGAGAUAGGGUGAGAGAGAGAGAGAGAGAGAGAGAGAGAGAGAGAAAAAGAGAUAGAGAUAGAGAUAGAGAGCCUUGAUGAUCUCGAGUAACUUUGACGAUGAAGCGAGCGACGAGCGCAACCGCGGCCUGCGCCUCGCAGGUACAACAACCGGUGGCCGCUCUUCAGGGGAAGAUACAUGAUCUUCUCCUUAACCCAUUGAAUGCUCGUACGGAGGAAGAAGCGACGUUAUUCAAGAGUAUUGGCGGUGUGAAAUCGUCAGUUUCAGCGUCAUCGUCAUCUACGACGGUGACGUCGAAGGAUGAAGCAAAAACAAAGUCCUCGGCCAUGCCACGGCUGUUGGCCGUUGAUUCGGACAAUUAUAUGCUUAGGAAAGGUGCGGGGACUAUUAACGGAGUCUCCUCGUCUAACGCAACAACGAUGACAGCCCCUACGACGACGACGUCGACAAUGUCAUCGUCCAUCGAAGCCGUCGGCUGUUCUCGAGUAGCGCGAGCUUUUCUGGCAAACGCACCUACGAACGGCACUUAUACCGAUUUGCAGAUGCACUCGAUUCUUGGUUAUAACAAUAACGAGACGAGACAACAACAACAGCAACAACAGCAGCAACAACAACAACAACAACAACAACAGCAGCAGCAACAGCAACAGCAACAGCAGCAAUCAUACGAGCCGAGAAUCAAACCAACAGUAGCGACUUCUUCUAGCACGAAUCAAUUUACUGCACAGAGGUGGUUAGCGAGUCAUUUACAGGCCCAACCGCGUUGCCUGUUGAACAAUUCCAAUAAUGGCAACAACAAAUCGGAUUCUCCACAGCAGCAACAGUUUUUGCGUGCAUUUAAUGACGAGAAACGCGAGAACGAGACCGAGAUCGAUAACAGGUCGCGUUUACCCUGUUGUGCCCGAGUGUUUUCCUUUCAUCGAUAUGUCUGUAGGUGUAACGAUGCUGCUGUUACCUCGCAGCAACAACAUCAGUUGAGUAAAGAAUCGUGGGAGAUCGAAAGCCCUGUCGUAGAUUCGAAUUGGAUUGAGAACGAUGCGAUUGUUGGAUCUAAUUCAUCCGUCGAUAAAGCUAUCCGCUCGUUAAAGGGCAAAAGCGCGUGUAGUACCCUCGAGGCGCGGACGUUCGCUGCCUCGAGGGUGCCUGCUGGUGGAAGAUUGUCCGCGUGUUGCUGCAUGUGUGCUUCGCUCUGUCCCGCAGACUGCCGCGCGUGCUUCCACAUCGUCUGCUCGGUCUACAGCGGACAGCACUUGUGCCAAUGGAGUAACAAGGGUCACGCGCUACCCGGCCAGAUUUUUUAUGAGGACAAGCCCGUCAGUGAAUGGACAUCGUUAGACGUACUCGAGUGGAUGUCAGCGUUAAAUCUCUACAGCUAUGCGGACAUUUUCAAAUCGAAGGAUAUUAAAGGUAGCGAUCUUCGUCAUCUGGAUCGAGAUAAACUCAUGCAUAUGGGUAUAAAAGAUGAGCUCGACCAGAAGAUCCUUUUGGUGUGUAUCGAGGAACUCUGCCAGACGUCGCCUCCCCUUUCGUUGCCUGGUAGCACAGAAGCGAACUCAUCUUCCACGACAACGAGCACGACUACGAGCACGACUACGGCGACGACGGCAACGACGGCGACGUUGACGGCAACGGCAUUGACAUCAGCUACGACCGGUAGUAGCUCCGUCAAUGCGAACUGUGCUAUCGGUCUCGCUCAUCCGGCCAACAAUACGACCAACGAUGGUCAUAAUCUUGUGUUGCAUAGCUUCAGUAUUUUGGAAAAGUGUGACAAGUGUCGUAAAUAUCUCAGGGGUCUUUUGCAUCAAGGCUUUCUCUGCCAAGAUUGCGGCCUGGUAGCCCAUAGAACGUGCUCGGCGAUUGGUCUACCCAUAAGCUGCGUCCCCGCUGAGUCGAAAAACCGUAGCAAUAGAUACGCUUCCGUAUUUGGCCUCGCCCUGUGUUCACAAUUCGAAACAUCUACGCGUUCCGCUCCGAUCUUGGUGGAAAGAUGUACGCGCGUACUCGAAGAAAGGGCAUGUGCGGACACGACCUUAGAUCUCUACAAAGUCUAUUGCAGUAAACCUAAUGAGCAAACCCUUGAGUUACGACAAAACUUGGACGAAGACGUACGUAACGCUAAUUUGGAUCAUUAUACUCCUCAAUGCAUUGCAAGCGUUUUGAAAAAGUUCCUGCAAGAAUUACCAGAUCCGGUAAUACCGGUACAAUUUUAUGACAGGUUCCUAGAAGCAUCAAAUAUGAGAAGCGACGAGCAGUGUGCUGCUCGUUUAGGACAACUUGUUACUGAACUUCCGGAACAUCAUAGGAGUACGUUGUUUCACUUGAUGGCUCACUUUUGUCGCAUAUGUCAAUUGCAACAUGGGAGGGGUUACACGGAACCACCCACUGUACUUGUCCAGGUGUUUCGUCAUAUAUUCAUUAGGCCACCUUGGGAACGAAUCAUACAAAUUAUACACAAUACAAAAGCUUAUAUAAGGAUAAUGGAAUUACUGUUGCUGCACGUUGAUUGGAAUGAAAGAUUGCCCGAAUUUGCGAGUGCUCCACAGUUACCACCACGGAAAUUUUCAAGGCCUCAGUUUCCUGUUUUAGAUCCAUUUCCAGUUCUCGAAGAAGAUAAUUCGACGGAAAGAUCGGGAACUGCUGGUGACAGUGGCAAGGAUCAACAGUCUCACAGGCCACGAACACUACAGGAAGCCGAGUGGUAUUGGGGAGAUAUAACGAGAGACGAGGUCAAUGAAAAAAUGAUCGAUUCGCCUGAUGGCACUUUCCUAGUUCGUAAUGCGUCUUCCAAAGGAGGUGAAUAUACUCUGACGUUGCGUAAAGGUGGUACGAAUAAGCUCAUUAAGAUUUGUCAUCGAAAUGGAAAUUAUGGCUUUUCCGAGCCAUAUAAUUUUCAUUCGGUUAUCGAGUUGGUCGAUUACUAUAGGAAUUGUUCCUUGGCUCAAUAUAAUUCUACAUUGGACAUCAAGUUGUUAUAUCCCGUAUCACGAUUUCAACAAGAUGACGAGAUUGCGAGUACAACGGAUAUGUCAACGGUAAAACAAAAGUUUGCCGAAUUGAGCAAAGAAAUAGUUGAUACCUGUCGACAAUAUCAAGAUUGUUCAGAAUUGUAUAGUAAGACGGCUUACGAGGUCCAAUUAAAAAGACAAGCUCUGGAAGCUUUUUCAGAGGCAAUUAAGAUGUUCGAGGAUCAGAUGAAACUGCAGGAAAAGUUUCAAAAAGAAGCACAACCGCAUGAGAUAUCGACCUUAACUGAGAAUGCAGAGCUAUUGAAACGCAGAUUAAAAUCAUUAGAGGACAGUAGAGAACAAUUGGAUGAUAGUUUGAAGCAACGAAUAGCUUAUAAUAGAACUCUCGAAAGAGAAAUGCAUAAACUAAAGCCGGAGAUUAUUCAACUUGUGAGACAAAGGGACAAACAUUUUACAUGGUUGAAGAAAAAUGGCAUGACGGCAAAUAAAAUUAAUCAGUUAGUGCUAAAUCAUUCACUUACAAAUCCAUUAGUCGGCGAUUUAGUAUACGGAGAUCUUCCAGAAGUUGAUUUAGAAGUACAUACGGAUGAGAAGACAUGGCUUUACUUGGAAGGAUCACGUUCCGAUGCCGAUCGUAUUCUUGCUGGACGACCGGACGGUACAUUCCUGGUACGAAGAUCAAGAACCGGUCAAUAUGCCUUGUCGAUCAUGUGCAACGGUACUGUAAAUCAUUGUAUCAUAUAUGCAACCGAACGAGGUUAUGGAUUCGCCGAGCCUUAUAACAUUCACGAGAGCUUGAAACAUCUAGUGCUACAUUAUGCACAAAAUUCUCUGGAGGAGCAUAACGAAAGUCUGAACACGACAUUGGCUUAUCCAGCUUUUGCACCAUCAACGGCUCUGGCACAGUUACAGGCGCAGCAGAUACAACUGCAAAUGCAUAUGCCAGCGCAAAAUCAACUACAGUUUAAACGACCUCUCGAAAGCCAAUCACAAUUUACACGAAGUUUGGAAAAUCAACAUUUUAUAACACAUACGUAAUAUUUAUAUGUUUAUCAAUUUGGCCGAUAUUGUUUGAUAACUUCGGAUACUCGUGCGUGAUUCUACGUAUAAAUUGUUCGCGUUAAAAAGGACCGAACGAACGAGGAAAACGUACUUGUGAGUUUAUAUUCAUAUGUAUGAGAAACGAGAAAAAUACGAGGGGACUUGUAAUAUUGCGCCUUCCCGGGGGGAAGGAUUACAAAGAGGAUUGUUUUUCUUUUUACCAGAAUAUUUCGAAAUGUGAAUUAUGCUGAUAUCUUUAAGGCAUAGCGAUAGCGAUAAUAAUUGUCGAAGGUCCUAGUUGUAGAAGUACCUGUAGUCGUAGUAGUAAUGGUAAUAGUGGUGGUAGUAAGAGCGGAAAAAAAAAAUUCACGCAGCAGUAUGCGUUUUUAUUCUUUUUUGCUGCAUAUUAAAGCUCCUCCUACAUAAACUGCUAACUGUUAAUAAUUAUUCUUUUAUAUAUCCUUUUUAGAAAUUAUAUAGUUAUUUCUUUUUUCUGUUUUUUUUUUUUCCUAUUUCUUUUCUUCUUUUUCUUUGUCGUUCGUUAGAACUUUGUCAUGCUAUGUUAAAUGAUUGUUUUUUAUUCUGAUUAUUAUGGGAAUCGAUUUAUGUCGAAUUAAAAAUAUAAUUAGCAAAGUUUAACUGGGAGGAGCAUUAAUAAUAUUUCAAAUGAAACGACCAAACGAUUCAUUGUUAAUUACGCUGUUGCGUACUUUGCAUACGGAUUGAUAGACAGUGUCGGAUAUUAGAAUACACACACGAGUCUUCGUAAGAUCAAUAUUGAUACGUUUCAGUAAGUCGUAUUUUUCAAAAAAAAAAAAAAAAAAAAAAUAAGUUUAAUGUAUUAACCUUGCCACAUUUAAAAGUCAAAUUUCUCUAUCGGAAACGUCGAUACGACCCGGGAGUAUAUUUGUAGUUUAACAACUAAAUCACUCUUUGCUCAAAUAAAUCACAAGUCCCGUUGGUAAUCAGGGUAGACAUAUUUCUCGUAAAUUUAAAUAUUAAUGUAAUUAUUAUAGCGACGAUUAAGGAACGUUUACGAAUAAUUUUCAAAAAUUAUAUUUUCUUAUAUGCCUGUGUUAUUAAUAUUUUACAUUUCAAUUUUUUUUUUUUCUUUUUUUUU